UGCCCUCCUGAGAAAUCUAACAUUAUAAAAGUAUAAAUUGUCUUUGUUCAGUACAUGCUAGAAUUAAAUCAGACAUGGAUGUAAAGUUUGGCUAUAGGAGAUUUAUUUGGAUUGUGGCUGUCCACAUUCUCUUUCAACUUAACUUAGCUGAAGCGUGUCCUCCAGUAAAACAGCAGGAUUUGGUGGCCUGCUGGAACACCGCCCCUUGUUGUGUGGUGGAGCCUAGCUACGUCAUCGACCCGUACGGCUUCGGGUGUUUCCGUGGAUGUGUCAGAAAGUGCUCUAGAAAGAAUUGCAUGAAUCCAUGCGCAGUGAAGAAUUUCAAUCUAGAAGACUGCAUCAACACAGAUCCUAACCAUUGUGACGUCAGCCCUAUCAUGGAAUGGGUCAAAGGCAAGCGUUGCUUCAGUGGCUGCACUAAGUAUUGUGAAUGACA